AUGGGCACCUGGCUCUCGGCUCCCCGGCCCUUCUGGGAAUGGCGGAGGGGGGCACAGAAGGACCCGGACGUCUCUGGGAGCCUGGGCCCCUUUGUAGUGUUUCUGCCACCCCCGCCUGCCCCCUCUGUGACCAGGCUGCCGGCGCCCAAAAAAAGUAGUAGGUGGUUCAGGGUUGGCAGAGGGGCUGAGAAGCCGGGGCAGAACCCUGAAGUGGCCAUCACAGCCCAGCACGGUCUGCCUCCCUGGAGGCUGGGGGACGGAGAGGAGGACGAAGGCCUGCAGGAGGGGCCCGGAGAGGGCGGAGGAGCAGCCUGGUGCCGAGUGUUUUCCUGCCCCUGGGAGCUGCUGUGA